UGUUUGGUAUAUCACGGUGGGUUAAAAGAUGUUUUGGACUCAUCGAGUAAGCAAUGAGACGCAUAAUCUAACUUUUAAUUAACAUGAGGAAAUGAAACAAGCGCAAAACAUAAAAAAAUGCAUUCUUUCCAGACAAAACUUAUGCAUACUUUAUGUCUAAAUUGCUAAGAACGAUUCGCUAUUUAAGGUACACCAGAAUAUUUUAAUAUUAUUGUAGCUAUAUAUAUUUUAGGACUGUAGGGACGAAUUUGCUGAUAAUAAUAUUGUUAGUAUCCCGCGGGAUGGCUUUGCAAGAGAAAUAGCUCCUAUAAUUUUAUCCCCGAGCCAACGACGUGGAGCGCCGUUCAGCGCGUAAGUCGGGGGCCAGCUAAGAAACUAAUCCCCCCCGGCUAUUUACAGCCGGAGAAACGAAAGCAUUGGCGAAGUCUAAAGUUCAUCAAUGACGCGGGCGAGACCAACGAUCUUGAGUGGGUGGUCAUCUUCACUGAUCUCAAAAAUAUGGCUGAUUGCUUGUAUGGCGUUUUCCACAAUAUAAGCUAGAUUUCGGUUUAGUAAAAGACAUAUAUUUGGAAAAACGUUUCAUAUACAACAAGCUUCAAGCAAUUUUGUUUGAAGAAAUGAGAAGAAUUGAUUUUACUCUGGGAAAUCGUGAAAUAUACGGCAAGUUUGCUUUGAAUAUUUACUGUUUACGAAUUUUGUUGCUUUAAAUUUUUGCCUAAAACAUAAAAUGUUUUCCUUUUUAACGUAGCUUUAAGUUUCAUAAAUUACCGUUUAAUUUGAGAAAAAAUCUUAAAAUGUAAAGGAGAGCAAAUUAAAAAUUUAAGAAUAUCGUGUUGUCAUGGCAACACUUUUGCGCGAGCCUGCGUUCAGUAUUAGCCGUUUCUGAAUACUUCGUGUUAAUUUCAUGUUUGGAAAAUAUUGGCGAGGGGUUAGUGCAAGCAUGUGUUUCUAGUAGAAGAAGAUAUAUUGUGUUUAAUUUGAUUAAAAUGAAACUGAUAAAGAUGGCCCAUUGCCGAGAUCUCGCCUGAAACAGGCAAGAUCACAGCCUACCAAUUAACUGAUGUCAAAUAUUCUUAGUUUCAUUUCCUUUGCACACUCGUUUUACUUUUUCUACUCUUGCUGGCAACUAUGUGUAAGUUAUUUUAAAAUACACCAAGUUGGUUUCCAGAGGAGAGAGGCCAAAAGUAAUACGGCGCCUUUUCAUCUUCGCCAUGGACCAACUCGGCCUAUCACGCAUGCCUUCGAUCGUACCUUAUGGGAAGGUCUCGAUAUCCACGGGGCGUAGUAAUUUUUGUAGUAAUUUUUGAAAAAGUAAACCUGACAACAAACUUUCAUCUAUCUUGCUAAUAAGCAUUAACUACAAGUACACUAGGGACGCUUUCCAUUUAAUGACCUGACCGGUCAGAACCGAAUUUUUGUCUCGGUAUCAAUAGAAAGAUCUGGUCGAUAUUUCUCAAAUAUCUAGCGAAAAUGGACCUCAUUCUAAUUUUAUCUAAAUUUUUAGGUCAGAUAGGUCCAAAGGCCAAAGCCCACAUGUUGUGUGUUUCAUUCAACAGCUUGACCGUUUUAACCGGUCUGGCCGUGUCAAUGGAAAACGCCCACACUAUACCGAGACGGGCAGGCAUAGCAAAAUGUAAAAUUUACCAUGAUACUAAUAUUAUUACAUAUUUUGUAGAAAUAGAGACUGGAGCAAUAUUGCAGCAUCACAGUCGCCCACUCACGUCCAGCAAACUUGUAAAAGGAAAUUCCUGAUCACUUCGAGAACAUAUAUGGAAAAUUUCUCAACGAAACUUCUGAACACGACAGCCGCCAUGGCAUGAACAAUUGGGCGUCUUGGAUUUUCAAGGAUUCUCAAAACAAAAUUGUGGUGCUAUAUAUAGCCUAUAUUUCAAACAUACACUUUAUCACUUUAUAAGGAACAAUAGAUCUCUGACACUAACCCUCAAACGAACGGUCUCGCUGACCCUUUUUUUCAAAACAAGAAUAAUUUUGUAUCCAAAACUGUUGGGUAUACAUGUAUAUAUGAAUUAAGUAAAGAGCAACUAAAACUGCAUUGUAAAAUUUUGGCACGAAAUUACUUGUGGUGUACUGGACAUUAUAUAUAGGCGGCGGGCAGAGGAACAGUUUUUUCAUGGGCACAAAUUAUUAGCUACAAUUAAAACAGAAUGGUUGAUUUUCCUUGUUCCGGGCACAUCAAUGUCCUUUAUAAUCUUAAAUGUUCAGAAAACUGUUAAACUUUCUAAUUUGCAUUUACCUACAGGGCAACCUAGCUUGUUCCUGUGAACAGCCUGUAUAAAAGUACAAAAGGACUAGCAAAACUUGUCAGAUUAACUUGAUAGCAGCGCAUUUGAAUAAUGAACCUGUCGAGAACACUUGGCAUGAAGAAAGUACUUGCUUAAUGUUUACUAGGUCUAUCCAUAAACUGACUAUUAUUUACUAUUAUAUGUCACAAAUAUAGGAUUUAAUCUAAAAAUCCUACCUUAAAGUUCUUCAAACACAAGCAAGUGAUACAUUGAUCACUCUAUACAUUGUUUGCGUUGCGUGACACGGAAUUCGAAACGCUCAUUAUUUCUCUUUUAACUUCAAUUAAAAAUAAUGAGACAAGUUAUGGUAAGUAUUUUGUGCGGACCAUUGUACAUUACAUGCAGCUGCCAAAAUAUUUAAAUAUACAAAUCUCAUUUUAGUGUUUAAUGCCCCGUUGCAUUAUAUUUAGGUGAUAAAUAAGACGCAUACCUAUAAAUUUUAGUAUAUUAUACAUAUUCAAUAGGCCUACGAGAAAAUGAAACGAACACAAAUUAUAACAAAAAUAUGCAUUGUCUAUUUUUUCCUUCUCAGUCAAAACUUAUGCAUAUUUUAUACCUAAAUUGCUAAGCACGAUUAGCCAUUUAAAUUAAGGUGCAAGAAUAUUCAAAGCGUUCUGUAGACAAACAGUUAUAUAGCGGGCUCAGUAAUUAUGUACUGAAGGCUCAACAAAACGGUUUCCUUAUGUAUAUAUAUAUAUAUAUAUAUAUAUAUAUAUAUAUAUAUAUAUAUAUAUAUAUAUAUAUAUAUAUAUAUAUAUAUACAUAAAUUAGAUUAUAUUUAUUCGUGAGUGUGUGAUAGUCGAGGUGUCGAAGUGAAGAUAUCAAUUAAUAAACGAACAUAUUUAUAAACGUUCGACACGUUCCAAAGAAUUUUAAACAAUUCCAAUCUUCGAAUUAAAAUAAUAUAUGCGGACGCCAUUCUCGUCCACAGAGCCGCGUUUUCACUCGAUCAAUCGUUUAAAAUUAGGCUCUGGGUUAGACGUCUAGAGGGAGAGAUCUGAUUGACUUCUCUGAGAACUGCUAUUUCCCAGAAGUUGAGCAGUUUUUGCCAAGCCAAGUUAUUGUAUCAAAAUAUAUAUGCCAACACAAAUACUUCGUUUCUUCGUAAUGCUUCUCUGUGAAAAUUGUUACGGGUGCUAAAGCGUCCCAGUUCAAGAGUAUGCGAUUUAGGAGCUACUGCAAGUUUUCUUUCACUUCUGGUUCCGUGUAUCCCAGGGCCUAUGCAAGUCGCGCCUUCCUUCCACGCAAUAUAUACGCGCCAGACUAGUCCCUAGUCCUCCGAAUACGCCUUUGAUUUCCAUGGCGUCACCGUAUUUGAAGGCAAAAUCUGGCUUCAGGCAAGAUUAGGCAGGUUUCAGUUAAUUAAGGUCGAUCAUCUGUGACCGGUUGUAUAAAAAAGUUAUUAAAGUUAAUUAUAGUUAAGUGCAAACGUCAUCCAAUAAGAAGCGCCUAUUUGAGAAUUAAUCACUAUUUAACUACAGAAUAGUGAUUAAAAAAGUGAUUAAGAGUUUCAUACAACCGGCCCCUGCGUUCUAUGGAGCCAAAAUAUCCGUGCAAAUUGAAGUAUUAAAGUCUAACAACCUUACGGCAUUUUUAUAAACACGCACGAAUAUAAGGAAUAUUGCAGAGAAGCAUUUUAUAUUUUAUAGAAGUAUAUUGUAUAGCUUCAUAAAAUAAUCUCUAUCAGUCAAAAGGAUUCUGUUUUUAUGUUCAAAAUUCCAUAUUCAGAUUCUGUAUUCAACAAUUUGUGAAUAUUGGAAUUGCAGAUACAACAUCUAUAUUUAAAUGAAAGGAAGAAACAGAAUUCGAAAGACCUUCCCAACAAAGGCAGGCGACUUUUGCGAAUAGUCUUUGGCCAUACCAUUGACUUACUUGCCAGUAUGGAAUGUUCUAUUUCUGUUCAUGGCGAAUGUCAGUUAGUGGCUUUUGAGUCAUUCCAUUUACUUUAAUGCCCACUUCCCCCUCCCCCCUUCGUAUGAACAAUUUUUUUCUGAGGGGUAACUCCAAAGUCGAUUCUGAGAGGUUAAGCCUGUCGGCAUCCUUUGAUCUCUGCAAUUUUUCAGUCGAGAAGUAGAAAAUACAUGCUUGCAGAAACCCUCGCUUUGCUGACAAAACCAUUGUAUUUUCCGAACAUGAAGUAUCUAAAGUGGUUGUCAUGGUAACACGAUAAUUUUUUAACGGAAUAUUUUUUCAAACGAUAAAUCGCCUAAAAAUAUCACUUUUAUUUACAAAAUUAUCAAUUUCCCAAUUAUAUGCAUGUUAGAUAUGUUAUUAUGCGUAAUAUAAGCUUCCAUUUAAGGUGAAAUUCAACCACAAACGCUUCGAAAAACGUUUUAAAGUGUUCUUUAUAAAACGAAACUGCCCUUAUUUUUUUAAAUGACUUUAUCGAUAAACUUUGAGUUUGCAAUUAAAUGAUUUCAAAUUCUUGCAUGCAAAUAACUUUGGCUUUCCUUUUUACUUAAGUAAAAAAUGCAAUAUAAUAAAAAAGGGUAAUCAAUAAAGAUAAACCGAAAUUAUAUGAUAUGUUGUUUAGUUGUUUUAUAUACGCAAUGCCGUUGGGCUUUAAAGCAAUUAAUUAUAAAAUCAAUAUUUAAAACCAGCUUACCUUUGUUAACGUCGGCGCCUUUGCUCCCUUCUUUUGGCCGAUUCUUUUGCCCUUUCUUUCUCAGAAGGUUUUUGAAAUUUACAAAAGCUUGCAAAAAUUCGAGCAAAAAUGAAAGACAUUUGCAAGAAAUUUAGAAAUCAUCAAAUCAAGAAAUGUUUAUUGCUAUUUCGCUGUCGUCAUGUAGUCGUUAUAAUGCAAAUUUUAAAUUGGACCAAUCCGUGUUCGCUAUUCAUGACAGUCCGCUAUAUUUUGAGAUCAGUGGGGAUGACGACCCAUGAACGGUUUGAAAUAAAUAAAAAAUACUAAAAAGCGUUUUCCAAUUGUUUUCGAAAUAUAGGCUUCCAAUACUGGACUAACCUUUCUAAGUGCGCAUAAAUUAAAUUGCAGUGGAUACACAUAUUAACAUAUUUGCCAAUUUCGUUAAUAGAUCUUUUAUUUCCCCGUCCACUGUCACGCCGAGUGAAGUGGCCCUUUCGUGCCUGGAUUUCAAAGAAACAGCUGCAAAGUAAAAAUAACAAGUGUAAUGUACUGGGUGCUACUGAAUAUUUAGUGGUAAGGUUCAGCGUCCUAAAUCGAUGUGGUAUGGGAAAGUAUUGAAAUUAACCUUCAGUUAGUUCAGCAUAAAUGCAACUACCAGAAGCCGGUUGUACAAACUUCUUGUUAACUCUCCGGUAACAAAAUAUUGUGCUAUACAUUUCUGUACUUUUAAACCAAUCAAAUCCAUCACAUUUCAGUUAGCUAGAAGUUUUAUUGUAGCUGUAUACCCAACUUUUCCGAAACCGUUUCUGGACAUUUCCGCUCAUUUACAACAUUUACAGGUAGUUUAGUGCCCCUCUCCUCCGCAGAGGCUUACAUGAAGUUUCUAAUAAGGGAAAAGUGAGCGCGCAAGGGCCAGGUUUCGGCAACACCCUAUAUAUAUUCAAAUUAGAUAGUAAAAAUAUUUCACUAUGGAUUUCACUGUGCACUACACUCUGGUUAAAUUUUCUGGUUAUUUUAAUCUUCUUUCUACUAUAAUUAUGUUAAUUUGUCCAGAACCUGCUUAAAUUAACCAGGCUUAUUAGGUCCCAUAAUUACUCCGGGUACUGUAAGUACCGGAGUAUUAAAAUGUCAAAUCUUUUUCUUAGGCGACACAAGUGUGCACUUCCACAGGUGCACCGUACGCAGCGCACGCAACGUAAUAAGGUCGGAGCGAGCGUUGUGUUUACAAUGUAUUUAGUUCUAUUUACAGUAAAUACUAUUAAAUGAAGCGUUCUCAUACACUCGUUUUUAUACAGUGACCGCAGUUCAUAUAAAUACAAAUCGAAAUUCGAGACUUUAUCGUGUGUUUAGUAGCGGUUGCCGUUAUUGCAAAGCUGAAAGCUAGUUCUGAUCGACAAAUGGCUUGGUUCGUCACUGACGUUAGCUUGUAUUUUUUAAUUGUGUCAACACUAUACGUAGUUAAAUUGUAUUAACACUCGUCACUCGUGUUCUUUAAGUCUCCCUUUGUGCCUCGUGGCCAAAAUUGAAGUACAAACAACGCACUAAUCUAUUCGACAUAUGACAUAGGCCUAUCUGAAAGUCUUCGAUUCGCAAGGCAAUUUAGAUCGCAAACCACAACAGUAUUGGCAAUAUUGUCUACCACGCUUGAAUUAGACAAAAGCGCAUAUAAAAUAUAUUUAACUAGAUAGCUUUACUACCCAACACUAUUACGUCUAUUACACAGUUUAAUGUUUUAUUUAUAGAGUAUUAAAAAUCGGUCUCGACGGCUGCAAUGUCUUGGUCUUAAAGUAAAAUCAUUACUAAGACGCUUAAAACAAUCUAAACGUUUAAUAAUAACAAACUUACAGCGAAGCCUUACAAAUUAAAACAAUCAAUCUGUAUAAACAAAAUAUCAACAUAACACUAGUUAAUUAUGAGUUAUGGUGCCAGUUAUGAAUUUACUACCAUGCAUUGAAAAAGUGUUGACAAUUAACUAUAUGACACGACUAACAAUAUAUUACUUUUUAAAUAAUUUUCUUUGCGUGUUUGAUAAAUGUGGUUUGUUUACGUAAUUCAGUUUCAGGAAUUUUUUCUCGAGGGUCGAGGGCGGGAAGCCAGGGUCGAAAAAUCAUAUAUAAAACGUCGAGGGUCAUAAAAAAAAGUCGAGGGUCAUCAGUAAAAAGUCCGGGGUCGUAUAUCUAAAAUAUUUUAUGGUUUUUAUUGUCGAGGGUAGAAAUUUGCGGGCAUUCUCUAUAGAUAAAUUUGCAAGUGGGGCAUGCACGAUAGCGAAAACAAUACUUUCAAGAUGGCGUUGCGAACCCGGAAAAGGCGUAUGGCAAUGGCAAGGUCAGGGGCGGAUCUAGGAUUUUUUGCACGUUAGUCAAAAAUCUAUGACGUGACGCGAAUGACGCAAAACGUGAUGACGUCAUUUGCCAUGACGUCAUUCGAUGUCAUGAUGAUAGUCCAAUUUUCGUGGAAGUAUAGAUAUUUUAUUUUAUCAAACUACAAAUGCGCAAAUGACAUAAAUUUCGUACCUGCCAAUGUUCAGCAUAUACAUGAUAAAGUAAUAUAUAGACUGUUUUGCCCUACAGUGUAUACCUUGGUUCAUCAGCAUGCCUAGGAAACACAUUUACCAAAAAUAGUAAACCAUGAUCCAACAAGGACAGCUCGUUGAAAAAGCUGAACACAAGCACAUGUUUCUGGCACCUUAAAACUAGAUUGCUUGCCUUCACACCUUUUGCAGGAGCAAAAGGAGUUUGGUUAGAACUUAGAAAUGGGUGACAAUGAAAACCAGCUAAAAUGAGCAAUCUGGUUUUAAAGUGCCAUAAACCCACCUCACACCUUUCACAAUAGCAAAAGGAGCUUGGUUAAAAAUGGGUGACAAUAUGUGAAAUUGCCCAGUUUUUCCCUUUAGCCCCUUCCCCAUUCCCCCUAUUACUAACCUAUGUCUAAUCUAAUUAAAUUCAUCAUCUUGUUAUAUACUGUCCACUAUGAAAAUGUAUAACAUCACAAGUGAAAUGGUGCCUCAAAGUUGCAGCUUCAUUGGAAGCCAACUUUUAUUGAAAACAACCUGGCAUUUUACCUGGCAUUUUACCUGGCAUUUUACCUGGCAUUUUAAUUAAACAUAUUUUAAUCACAGUAGAUUCAAACACAAAAGAUUCAUUACAAAUGACUAUUACUUUACUUAUCUAGUUAUCUGAAAUAAUUGGCAAGGUUUUUAACACAGUAUUCUAUUAUUCUUACACCAUGCUUACAUACUGUAUAUAGACACAUACUAUCAACAUGGUGUUUGUCUGUCAGGGCCUGAAAUAACAUUCCCAAAAUUCCCGAUCAUGGUGAUUGAUCAUGGUGAUUGGCAGUCAUGACUUUCCCUGCUUUUCAGGUUGAAAACCCUGCUUUUCCGCUGAUCAUAAGCAAUUUCUUGCUGAUUAUUGAUUGGUAAUCAGUUGUUAUUUCAAGCCCUGGUCUGUUGAAAAAUUUAACUGGUUCAAGAUGCAAUGGACCCAUCUCAAGCCAAUGAGAUCAGACCGAUAUUUGGCAUCAGCUUUUGUCUACAAAGCCCGAAUGUUUGGGGAGGGGGGAGAUUAUGGGAAUUAAGGUGGUGAUCUUGAAAGACUAAGUUUGGUUGAUGAUGAAGGAAGUUUUUUCUCAUGCCCCAGGAAGUUUUUUCUCAUGUCAGUGUUGUGUACAAGAGUGAGGUUAUUGUUAUUGGAGGCGAGAGUGGUCUUUUUGCAAGCCGAUAUAUUUAACUUUAACCUCAUGUUCCAGAAAAUUUAUUAAUAAAGUUUCCUACAGUAUGUUAGGAAUAAUAUCCUGGUGAAUUUGCAUCAUGACCAAGCCAAAUCAUUUAAUUUAAUUAGUCUUCAAACAUAGUGCUUCUUCACUUAUACUGUAUAAAAAGUGACCUACUGUAUAGACCUUUCACACUUGCACUGUAAACAUUUAAACUAUCAAGGUCAAAUUUAUAGGUCAUUGGUACCUGUCAAUGCUUAGGAUCGAAACAGAGCUAUACAGGCAAUUGCCAAUUGUAUUAGAUCUAAAAAUAUAACCAAAGAUUAUAUUAUUAUUAUCUUUAUGACUUUAUAAAGUACAUUUGUAGAGCUAUUAUCAGUCAAUCAAUACUCUAUAAAGCAUGUACACAAUAAAUAUUUUUUAUCCAACAUGAUCAAAUAUUUGAGAUCAAGUUUCUGCCACUUGAAGUGUUUUAAUUUCAUACACAUAUAAAUGAAUAUGUAUGCAGUAUAUGAAACUUUGGACCUAUAACCUCGCACAAUUAUGCAAAUCGUACGUUCAAUUCAACGAUUUAUUGUUCAAAAUUCAAACCACUUUACGUUAUUGCCAUAAACCUCUUAUUAAUCUCUUUGAAAAUAUAAACGACGAGAAAUCAACACAUCAUAGUUUCGGCCAAGAAAUUUUCUUGCAUCCAUCGAAUUUAUCAGCUUGAAAUAUUCUCCACAGAACACCAGAAAGCAUCCCUUAUCGUAACAAAUAACGAUAUAACCCUUUCGAACUCUUUAUUUCGAAAAUAGUUCAAUAAGAUUAAGCGAAAUAAUUUGCUUGUAAAAUUGUAAAGAGCUGCAACAAAGCUACAAAGUGCACAAUGCUUCCAAAUUGAAGAUUAGAAGGCCAAUCAGAGGAGAAGUUCUUUAACUCUUUUGCGCAAAUUGUCCAAUCAGAAGCUGCUAUCUAUUUGCAGGAUUAGUCAAAAUAGUCAAAAUUGCGCAAUCGUUAGUCAAAAUAGGUCCGACCAAUCAACAUGCCUGUAAUGUGUAAUCUGAGCAAAUUUGACCAAUCAAAUCACAUGAACUAAAAUGCAGAAGAGUCAAUUUUCAUUUCAAUACCGCUUAUUUGACUUAUCGUUUGACUAAUCAAUCGCUGGCUCAAUGUGCAAAAACUGAUCGAAGUUUAUAUGCUGGAGUCUGAUGUAGUUUUGAUUGCAUGAUCAGAAAUGAAGAGAAGCGUUUGCGCUGGGAAAAAAAAUCAAAAACCUUAGUCCAAAUUUUUUUAUAUGCCUUUUUUUUACGUUAGUCGCGUGACUAAUCUGACUACCCCUAGAUUCGCCCCGGGCAGUGGCGUAGCCAGCCCGACAAUUUGAUCAUGCUAUGCAAAUAUCAAAUCAUUAUCAUUAUUCAUUUCGUUAGAAAUCAAUUGUUUUCACGGUCUAUAAACACGAAAAUAUUUGCAUAGCAUGACCAAAUUCUCGGGCUGGCUACGGCCCCCUGGGCAAGGUGUAAACAAGUCCUGAUUACUCUGAUUCAAUAGACCAUAUAGUGCAUAGACAAUACAAUAAUUUGCGACAUGUAAUCCGAGAUAACGCAGAUAAUGCACCACGCCGUUUGAAACUAUCUGGACUGUAGCUUUUGAUCGGCAUGUCUGUUUUCAUGUAGUAAUACUUUAUCAUAUAAAGUAAUCGCAUAUAAAAAAUUAAUAAUUGCAUAUAAAAAUAAGACCUAAAAAUUAAAAGUAAACUAAAUGAACACGAGCUAAAAUUAUUAUUUUGUUAAAUUAUUAAAAUGUAUACCCUCAAGCUUUUUCACCCUCAAAUUUCUACCCUCGACAAUAAAAAAAAUAUAUAUUUGUAAAAUACCGCCUCCGACUUAUUAUAUACGACUCGAUAAAACACUCCUACGCAUGUUUUAAAUAGAACUUUUAAUAAAGAACUAGAUAGCUUUUAUUAGAGAUAAAAGAGAUAUUUUUAUGUUGUAAAAUAUUAUGAUCAUUGCAUAUGUUUUUAGUCACCUGGUGAAGUGGUUACACUGUAGUUCUCCCACGUACUUUUCCAACUUUAAUAUGCUAAAUAUCAUGCAUUAAAGAUACCUUCAUUGCCGUAUGUAAGCAUACGUUAAAGUAGCUUUGCGCUUAGUUAAGGCCCUGAACCCGGAGUGAACGCCUGAGUAGGCGUGUUGUUAACAUUAUUCCAACACCAACUUCUGUAACAAUCCGACCACGCAAGUUGGAUAUUUUAGAGGAUAUACUGAAUGACCUACCACUGGUGAAUUUAGAUGAGCCAUUGUUAUGAAAUUGCAUUAAGCAGCCAUUAAAUCCUAUGUGUUUGGUUAAAAUUCAUGGGGAAGAGAUGCUUGGUGAUGUUGAAAGUAUUGGUGCAGAAGGUGGAGUUGCAGACAUGAACAAGAUUGACGAAAUUCAGCAGUUGACCCAAUUGUUGGUUGUGCAACAGGCUACUGGUGAUGCUAAAUACGUGAAUAAUUCCAGCUCUGAUUAAGAAAUGACAUGGACAAGGAUUCUGAAGGACAAGGAAUGUGGAGGAGACACAUUGUAUUCUGUGAAUUAAGACAAGGAUUGUGGAGGACAAUUUGUAUCCUGAGAAAUUUGUUGUAGUUGGUUCCUGGCGAGAACAAAUAUACCAACAGGCUCUUGUGAUAAUCAUGUAUAGAUAAUCAAAAAAUCUCAAGUUGGAGUUUAAAGUGAAAUAUAAGCAAGAAAUUUUUAGUUGAGAUUUUUUUUUUUUUUUUUUUUUUAAUUAAUAUUUAAUUUCAGGAAGCUUUCUCACAAAGUGAUUUUCAGAAAGGUCCUGAACUAAAUAAACUAUUAUACAAGAAAGACAUGCAUAUACUACAUAACUAUGAAAAAUAUUAAAAAAUUAUACGAGGGAAAGUUCAAAGAUUGUUAAAAAAGUUUCUCUUAAAUGUAGAAAUACUAGUAGAUAGUUUUAUCUUUCUGUCCAAGUUGUUCCAGUCUGUUAUGGCCUGAUAAGCGAGUCUUUGCUUUCCCCAAUUCCUUGACACUUUAGGUGGCCUUAAAUUGUCCUUAUAUCGCGUAUUGUAGUUGUGUAUUUCUCUGUUCGCUAGAAGUUCAAAUCCAUGUGAAGUAUGAUUAUUUAGACACUUAAAAACAAAUAAACAUCUAUGAUACAAUCUGCGUUGUUCAAGAGUGGUCCAGCCUAAGGUGUUUAACGCGUCUGUUGCCGAUGAAAAAUAUGGUCUAUCUAAAACAAUCUUGGCGGCUUUGUUCUGGAGUAUCUGAAGAUUGUUCAUUAACACUGUAUUAUUUUUGUCUCCCCAUAUAACGUCCGCAUAGUCAAAGAUUGGGAGUACGAGACUGUUAUAAAAAAGGAUUCGUGCAUUAAAUGGUAGCAGGUGUUUAAUCCUACGAAGUAGACCUAGGCGUUGAUUGACUUUAGCGGAAAUGCGAUCUAUAUGUUCUGACCAGGUGAAGUUGGCUGUGAUGGUGACUCCUAAGUACUUGAAAUUGCUGGCGUUGGAGACUUCAGUAUUGUUGACAGAGACAGAUAUCGAAGAUAUAUUACAUAACUUCCUAUCACUGCCUAUAAUCAUUGAUCGAGUUUUAUUUAAAUUCAGUGUCAGCUUAUUCUCAUUUAACCAAAUCGCUAACUUGAGUAAAUCUUCAUUAAGAUUUUUUUCAAGAUCAUUGACAUCUGAGGCGUAGCAAUACAAGACUGUGUCGUCGGCAUACAAGGAAACAUUGCAUUUAUUGGUAAUACUGGGCAGAUCGUUUAUGUACACGAGAAAGAGAAGUGGGCCCAAAAUGCUCCCCUGGGGUACUCCAAAAGUGACAGGAAGAGCGUCUGACAAUUCAUUUCCACAAGACGUUUGUUGCAUCCGGUUGCUCAGGUAGGACUCAAACCAACCUACGGUGCUACGUGACAUACCCAUCGCUUUAAGUUUGUGGAGUAAGAUGCUGUGGUCCACUGUAUCGAAUGCCUUCGACAAAUCUAGAAAUACAGCUCCACAAAGCCUUCCACAUUCCAUGUUACUCAGAGUUUCAUCCGCAAAGUUGGUCAGGGCAGUGAUGGUUGAGUACCUUUGUCGAAAUCCAAACUGCUUGCUUGUGAGCAAGUUGUUAGUAAUUAGGUGGCUAUACAAUUGCGAGUGAACGGUUCUCUCUAAGAUCUUACUUAGAGUAGGCAAGACCGAGAUAGGACGAUAGUUUGUAGGAUUGGAACGUUCACCUGAUUUAAAUAGGGCCGUAACCUUAGCACAUUUCCAAAUCUUUGGGAAAUUGUUGCUCUUGAUGGAAAGAUUAAGUAAUCUUGUCACAGACUUGCUGAUUGAACAAGACGCACAUUUUAACAGUCUUGCACUUAUUUUGUCCAAACCGAUAGCUUUGUUGGUCUUCGAAGUCUGGAGUUGUGCAAGAACAUAGGAUUCUUGUACUUCUUCGAGCUCAAACAUUGUUUCCGGGACAGGAGUGGGACUUGCUGUAAAUGUUUGUGAGACAGUUGUAAACUUUGCAGCUAAGGAUUUUCCGACUGAGGCGAAAUAAGUGUUAAGGGCAAUGGCAAUAGAUUUGGGGUCUGAGUGUUUUACUCCAGCAGUGACAAUGUACUGCGGGGUGGAGCUCUUGUUAUCGCGUGACGAAACUUCGUUAACCGCCUUCCAAAUCCUGCUGGAGUCACCUUUACUUUGUUCAAUUAGCUCGCAGUAGUAUUUGGACUUGGCCGAUUUAACUUCUUUAUUAACAAAGUUUCUCAAUUUUUUGUACAUAUUCCAAUGAUAGGUUUUGUUUGACUUUACGGCUUUGCGAUGAUGGUAGUCGCGAUCUUGCAUAGCUUCGCUAAUCUUACUGUUCAUCCAUGGUACUUGUGUGCAGUGGCGAAGCCAGCGUCGUGUGAGUGGUCAUGCAAACGAGCGCCGAAGGCGUGAGACAUCCUAGGGGGGUCCGGGGGCAUGCCCCCCCCGGAAAAUUUUUGAAAUAUAUACCCCAGAAACGCCAUUUGCAGCAAUCUGAGCAUCAAAUUUCAGAAAAUAGCUUGAUCUAAUGACGGGAAAAUAUGUGGAUAUUUUGGCAUAUUUCAGACAACAAUAACGAAGAUCGACACAAAAAUAGGAAAUCUGUGGUCUGCAGUUCCGCUAGCCUGCAUGGCAGGCGGUAUUUCUACGGGCAGCGAAAAUUAGGGAAGCAAAGGAAAUACCGUCUGCCGCAAAACUAGGGGUUUUUGAAUUACCCGUCCGCUGGUGAACGGGAAAAACGGAUUGGUUAGUAUUUUUAUGUAGUUGUCAAUCAACGGCUAAAUUCGGUUAAAUGUUAAUCAUUAACCAAAUGUUUUGACGUUUUGAAACUCUGCGUUUUGAAAUUAGUUCACGUCAAGUCAGACCAGAAAUGGAAUAACAUAAUAAAAGAAGCAAAUUAAAAGAUACAAGCUGAAAAAUAACACCCUAAAUAGUGUUUUUGAUAGAGAUUCGAACAAGAAUAUUUAACAAAGAAGAUACAUCCGAAGGGGCCGAAGUUAUGAUCGGCGAAAGGUAUGGGCUAGUCUAUAUUUUCGUUCAGACAAUUACAUGCGUAUUAAUUUGAUAAUAUACUAUCUCGCUUGACUUUCAAAGGCCCUAAAUCGCAAUAAUGUUGACAUUUUACUAAAACUAUCGAUAGAAAUUAGGAGGUAUUUCUUCACUGAAUCGAACAGUGGGAUUUCCAUAUAGGCCUAUCAGUCAUGUUCUGAACCAAAGAUACUUGAUAUUAUAUACGAACCUCCAAAGUAUAAACAAGGGGCCGGUUGAUGCAGUAAUUAUCAAAUAACUGUUAAACUCUUAUAUACCCGUUGAAUAUGUAUAGUUGUAAACAAAUAAAAACUAUCGUUCUAUAAGGUUCAAUACUUUCAGUUUGGUUGUUGACUGAUGAUGAAUCUAUAGUAUAGACUUGCAUGCUUUGUAUUUUGAGCUUAUUAAACCACCGUUUUAAGGCAGCUAAACGGGCUUGGUUUAUAUUAACACAUAAAAUAAAUUCCUUGAUUCUCAUCACUAGACAUAGUCUACACUUUGAAAUGUCGAAGACAGUGGGAGAUUUAUUUUUUAUAUUUUAUAUUUAUAUAAUUUAUAUAUCAAUAGUUCGUAUCUCCACGAACAAUGACAGAAUGACUGGGUUUCUUUAAAAUACAAUGAAAUUUCACUCAAAAUUCUGUUUGUUUCAAAUUGGAAGUUUAAAAUGGCAAUAAAAACUCUAUAUAAAAUAUGAAAAAAUUAACUGUCUUGAAUUAUUUUGUCGGGCGGUACAUUUAUAUUGUGUAACUAAAAAUAAAACGUUUUCACGAGGAUUUUAAAAUUCAGUCGGGCGGUGAUGAGAAUCAAGGAAUUUAUUUUAUGUUGGGCAGUUGGGACUUGGGAGCAGCUUGGGAGUGGCUAAUUUUGAAUAUUUCCUUAAUUAAUGCAUCUAUAAAUAGCGUUGAUGCUUCAGGGGCGGUAGUUCAUUUACACCCAGUUUUGCGGCAGGCGGUAUUUCCUACGUACCGCCUGCCAUGCAGGCUACAGUUCCGCUAAUUAUAGUCAUACCGGCAAUUGUGCAUUUCUUUUCGAUCAGAAAAUAUUACAUGCAUGUUCUGUAUUAUCAUAGUCUGUAUAGACUACCUAAUUGCUAUCCCCUUGUAGUAUUCCAACGUGAAGUCUGAAGAGUUUUCACAUUUCCAGAACUAGAUACAAUUUUAUCCACAUAUACUAACGGAACAUAAUGACAAAUAGCUGCUAAUUAAUACACUCAGAACAGUCAGUAUAAUCUAGAAUAUAGGUAUAUAUGCAGGACUUGGAAAAUAUAACGCAUGAGCCUUGAUCAAUUUCCUUAAUUUAAAAUCAAUCGCCCAAUUAUUACAAUAUUACAUACAGAAAUGAAUUAAGCAUUAUCAGAUGUUUGAGUAGAAGUUUUACUGUCAGUUUUAUAGCCGAAUUCUGCAUUCAUAUCGAUUCAGUAUUGGCUAUUGCGGCUAUUGCCAAUAUUGGAUAUUUUCGAACGCACGGGGAGUAUGUACAGUACCAAAUGGUAAAUACAAUUUAACAAUAUAUACUGAAAUUUCUUUGUUUGUUUCACAAACAAGUAUAUAUCAAAUAUGUUGCUAAAUCACAAUCGCUAAAUUGUUUGUGUUGCGUGUUGAAAUGUAUAAGCUUUGCAGCGCUAUUUAUAGCCUACAUUGUUUACUACAUUGACCUCGACAUUGUAUUUCAUAUAGUAUAUAGCGUUCGAUGCUUUAUACGCCUAUGCUCGGGUUGAAGGCUUAAAUAUUCAAGACAAAAUACAUGUAACAAUAACUAAAUACCAAUAGGCAAUAGCUUAUUUAGCCUAAGCCUGACUGGCUAAGCCAUUCUUUCUUUGAAUACCACGACAUUUGAAAACCUUCCGAUCGGGCAUGUCGAAAGAUCUGGCGUUUGUCUCUGCUUAUAAACAAUAAUAUUCUGCUCAGCAGAAAAUGGCUUUUUCACCAAUUCCCAAACAAAAUCGUUAGCUUCGAGUAAAGAAGAAGUCGACAUGCUUGAAUGACCUGAAGACAUGUUCAUUCAGGCUGAAAGCUUCGAGAUAAGAGGCUGUGAUCAGGUUGUAUUGCCCGUUUAGUCAUGCAAAUCGAAAAUUGCAUGACCAAGGCGUCAAAAACAGCCGCAUUGCGCGUGCGCGAACGUCGUAAGCCAAUCAGAAACCAACAAACCUAAUAUAAAAUAAUACAGCUAGUCAUGAAAUUCUGAAAGUGCAUGACCAAAACACACAGCGAGCAAACCACGCAGCAAUCACACGCAAUCUUUUUCCACGCGCUUACGCAACCGGUCAUGCAUGUGAAAAUAUGCAGGACCGCUCAGUUGCCAAGGUAACAAAACCAAAAUCAAUAACAUACGAGAAUAUUUAGCAAGAAUAUCGCCUAAAGACCAUUGAUUUGGGUAAACAAAAUAAUAAAUAAAAUACUUAGGCGUAGAAGUGCAAAGAUAAAGUAUAAUUCUAUUGUAAACAAUUAUACUGAACUGAUUUUUAAACAUUUUUGGGGAAAUUUUAGUCAUGCACUGCAUGACCUGCAUGACCGCUGGCUUCGCCACUGAGUCUAUACAUACAGACUCAACUGAAAUAAACAUCGGCUGGAAUGUGAACCUUACACCGGUGUCAGUUCUGUAUCCAGCUGAUGACGAAUAAGUAAGUGUACGUCGCCAGAGGCGAUAAAAUAACUAGUAUUAUACCGGUUUCUAGCGAAAUAAAUAUCAUCAGCUGAAAUGUAAACAUUACCUCUGCAUCAGUCAGUUCGGUCAGUUCAACAUCCAGCGAUGACGUCGGUCGCGUCGAAUGCAAUUCAAACAAUAGAUAAUGAAGCUUAGUGAGCUUUAUCAUCUCAUUACCUAUUGUCUUAAUUGCAUUCGACGCGACCAAAAUUUCUAAUCUGGCCACCGCGUGCGGCCAAAACAUCACCAUAUUUCAUUAGAACGGGAGCUUCGGCCGAAACUGCUUCGGACGAAAGUCACGAAACUGUACCAAGUUGGCCAUAACCUUUCACUGUCGCUGUAAUGGCAACCAUGAAGGAAGGACCAUUCGUAGUGAGAUACUGCCGAUGUUUGGCCGCGGCGCCGUAAUAAUAGAGAGUUUAAGUUCGACUUCCGAUACGAAUACCGAAUGACGAUUAAUGUGUUCUAUACUUUAUCUGUCGUGAUAACUUAAUGCUCUAAAAUUCCCGGUAUCAAAAUGAGAACUGAAGUGAAAACAUUGGUAUCGGUAUUGGUAUUGGAAGUCGAACUUAAAUUAACUCUUUAAUACAGAACCUGGUGCCAUUGGAUGAGCUGGAAGCUGAAUUGGAGUGCUUCGGCGAGUAGGAUGCAUGCCUCGGAAAGAAAAGACUAAAUCUAACAAAAACAUACUGUACAAUAAAAAAUAACAUACAACUUACAAGACACAAAGCAGCGGGAAUAAAUCACAAUGGCAUACAUCGGGGAAACCGUAAAUUGAAUAUUCCAUUUACACAAUGCUGCAAAUAUAUAAUUAUUCGGGCAAGAAUUUUCAGACGGCAACUACUGAUUUUCAAACGAGUUGUUCUCCUGCGGGUUUUAAAUUUUCACAGGACAUAGCUAAAUUAGACGUCAGUUUCGAAAAUUUGAUGAAAAUCGGACUGAUAUUGAGCGCGCAGUAGGGAUUUUUCGCACAACGCCAAAAAAGGUGUUCUGCAUGUAACCUUUCAAACGUCGAACUUUUCGUGUGCCAAACCUAAUGUUAAUGAGCUAAGUUCUUUGUUUCACUUCAUUUGCAUUAGGUUCGGCACAUGAAAAGCUCAACGUUCGGACCGUGGCCUUAACUCCUCAGAGUAGGCUUAAUUAAAAAAAUUGCUAUGAUUUGUGCCUGAACUCCUUAAAAAGCUAAUGUAUAUCAAACAAACCAGUCCAGCGUAGGUGGUAUUCUACAACAAACUGCCGCCACUGGUAUUCGAACUACCUGUAAAAGAUAUCUGAAAAAAGAUAUGACAUUCUCCCAUGCGUUGAUGUAUUCAGUGCAUUUACAUCCGGAAAGGUGCCUCAAACGUUGUGAUCCAGUGAAUUAAUCUUCUGGUUUAAAAAGUAAUGUUCUGCUGUGCUUAUCUUUGCCUUGCCUUUCCAAAGUGAGCAACGACGACGUGUAAACUUAAUUAUUCAUUACAUUAUGUAUAAGAUGUUAUUGAACUUCAGAAUAUAUAUGUUGCCGUCGGCAUCACGUCGCUUACCUAAGGUUCCUUCAUUUGAAAUUCCGAAGUGUAUUCAGUAUUUUUCAGAAGACUUAGACAAGAUCAAUAUAAUUAUCAUUAUCAAGAACAAGAUCAUUAUCUCAGUUUGGUGUUUCUGUCCCGAAUUUAGACUGGUUUUCUGCCUAUCUAACGGUAAAAGAGCGAGUAGUAGUGGACGGUUUCUCGUCGACCUAUGUAGAAGUGACAUCUGUUGUUCCACAUGGUAGUAUCGUAAGUGCAGUCAAAGUUUAAUCACAAAAAAUGCUCUGGUAUAAGAAUUUCACGGAAGCGUUCGAUUGAGUCACUUGAGUACUCUAUCAAUAACAAACAGAGAGUACUCUAUCAAUUUCGCCUAGAGGUAUCUUGGGAUACUAGUCACCAGUAGGCAGUAAUUUCAAAUGUUCACCUCAUAUUUCUAACAUCGUUCAAGGCACAACGUAUAUAUGCUUGAAUUUCUACGUCGUAACUGCGCAUAUCUGACUGAUGUAAAAUGUAGACGUUCUCUGUACUUGCAACUUGUUCCUGCACACCUAUGUUACGGCGCCGCGAACUCUGGGCACCUGAAACAACAUCUAGACCUAGACCUUCUUUGGUCGGAAGGUGUCAAGCGACCAGUGGCGGCGCCAGGCCUCCAAAUUUGGGGGACAUUUGAGGGGCAAACUCAAAUUUGGGGUGGGGGAAAGAUAGAAUUUUUAAAAUGCCCCCCCCCCGAGGAGAUUCGCACCCCCCUCAAAACGUGGCGAUAUUCCUAAGAAUAUCGCCCCCGGGGGCGAAUAUCUUAGGAAUAUCGCCUCCCAGGGGGGUGGGGAGAAUACCCAUGAUGGGGCGAAUGCCCCCCAUAUAUGCGGUGUGGUUUAUUCAAAUAAUUUCGUGAUACUUUCAACUUACUUUGAACUUAUCAAAAUACUCAUUAUUGUUUAUGAGUUUAGUUUUAAGCGACUGAACAGUGAGAGAAGCUUUUAUAUCGUCGGGCAGGCAGUGCGAUUGGAGUACAAUCCUAUUGAAAAAUAUACAUUUCGGAAAACAGAUCUUCUACAGAGGUUUAGUCGGUAGGAACCAGUGUCGUUCUUGUUUUAAAAUUGCCCCUAAAAGCACAUUUUAGCGAAUUUUAUUUAUGUACGUACCUAUAUAAUCAUGUCAAAUCCGUAAAUUUGUUAGUUUACACAGCGUUGUAAUAUAGCAUGUCAGAUAGGAUUGAAUUUAGGACUUUAUUUGUCCUGUUGUCCAAACCUUCAAUUGUUAUAAUUGUAAAAUUAAUAAGAAGAUAAUAUAUGUUUUCUGCUUUCAACGUUAUGCCUAUCUGCUGUCCACCGCACAAUUGUCUUCCUCUCACUCACUGAAUGAUGCUUCCACCAAAUAUAUUCUAAUUUACGGCACACCCGUGGAGCGAUUUAAUGUUAAAAAUGACGCAAAACCACACUAUUUUUAAACCAAUUCCAGGCAUGAAGAACAUGCGAAAUAAGUUAUUAAUUACCCAUUUGAAUGACACAACAAACGAACACCAUGCAGUUGUCAAAACUUAAAAUACAGACGUUUUUGUUUAGGUGCUUACCACGUGUUUAGUCCUUGCCACUGAAUUUACUUUUUGGCACUGAAUUUACUAUUUGGCAUUAUAUUUUGAUAAAAUUGCACCAUUCUUACCCAAUCAGAACCGAUAUGUAUAUUAUUUUCAUGAUUUUCAUGUAUAUUAUUAGUGAUCUAUAAUCGCUCUAUUAACGCUUAUUUUCAUUGGUCUUUAGUUCCAUCAACAAAAGGUUUUCUCAUCUACAACGGUGCUCACAACAAAUGCAUCCCAAUUAUUGGAAACGAUACCAUCACUGCGAGACCAUGUGACCAGAUAUCUACUAAUCAGAUGUGGCGGUGGACACAAUGUAACCAACUUCAAAAUAGUUUCAGCCAAACAUGUCUCAGCGCACCUGAAACACCAGUAAACUGGGGUCGUCUCAAAUUGUCCACGUGUGAUUGCCAUGACAACCAUCAAGUGUGGGCAUGCACAGAUGACGUCAUAAGGUUGCAUGGUACAAUACUGAACGUGAAUUACGGGAAUCGUCGAGGUGGAGACAGGGUUGGGCUGUUCCAAGGGACUGGAUCCUGGAGUAAAUGGAAGGUCUAUGGAGAGGACCUGCGCGUGUGUGAAAAAAGAAAAGGUAUAUAGAGGAUAAGCGGCGGUCAUGCGUUGCGCGCUUGCAUUAAUUUCUGUAGUGAGUUUUGGACAAAAAGUGGUUAGGGCUUAUACUUUAACCUCUGCGACGUGGUUUGGGUCCUACGGCGCAUACUGUUGCUGUUUUCGUAAUAUAUAGCACUACCCAGCACAAACGGCAAGUUUGUCUACUUCAGGUUUCCCAUUGUAAGUAAUACUGGUUUUAAUGGAUCGCCAUUACAUCACAUUACCACUGCGAGGAACAAUUCUCAACUGACAGAAAUAUGAAGUAUAAAAAAUUUAAUAUCGUACCUGCCUCUAAAUCCUUUGUCUCGCGAGAUGCGAUUAAUGACUACUCAUCCAACGGGACGAUUAGUUACAAGACUACAAAUUGUCCCUCAUCUUUAUGCCUAACAGCUCUUAUAUUGAUGUUCAAAAAGACAUGAAAAAUCAACCGUAUAACCUCAUUAGCGAACUUCUCCAUAGUCAUUAGUGCCAAAGAGCAAACGCGCUUUUUCAUUUCAUCUUAUUAAAUUGAAUGAAACCGUUUUAUUGUCUCGGUAGCUGUGAUAUUACAAUUAAGUGAUAGCAUGGCAUUACGGUCAAUUAGUGAUGAAAUGUCCCUCAGCCCUCGAGAGGUUUAGUAAAAGUACUCUCUCGGCUUUCGGGUAUAUUUAAUCACAAAUCGACCUGAAUGCCAUGCUAUUACUUAUAAUUAUUAACGACCUACGUUCGACAAUAAAACGAAAAGGAUUACAAAUCACUUUUCUGUGGACUCGUAUGUCUCCUUUAAACUAAUUUUGUAGAUGUUAUUGUAACAACGACACAACCAUCGACUAACCCAUCAACACCAAUUGAGAUCUCAACACCGACGCCUCCCUUACCGUGCGUGUUUAAAUAGAGAUUCCUUUUAGAUUUAAGUUUACGACAAAAAAAUUCAAAAUGCCGCUGAAACGCAGCCAUUAAAACUUUGAGAUGAAACUUUGGCAGAUGAUUAUAUAUGCUACUUUUAAAGAUUAAAGAAAAGAAAAUUUCUAUGAUUAAAAGUCAUGUACUGGGCUGUUCAUGAAUUUUUUUGGAGGCGAAUUUUUCUGCCAGAACUAUGCGAACCAUGUCCAUAAAAAUUCCCCCAAUAAUGAGUACUAUCUGUGAUAACGAAGAUAUAACGUAUAGUCAAAGAGCUUUCGACGAUGGACUGUAAAUUUUGAACGAAAUUUCUAUACAUAUUUUAGAGAUAACCGAAAAUAGGUUUGCGAAACGCAACUACGCCCCAGUUUGUCAUUAGUUUCGCCCAGUCAGGUCUAAGAUAUCUAUAUCAUUUUGCCUUGAAAUCUGCCUUAUCGAGCGAUGUGGCCAUCUACUCAUAUAUCAUUACAGUAGAAUACAUUCAUCAAUUUAUUGUUUGGUUUUGGCAACCGGUUUUGUUUUUGCCAUAUAGUUUUCUGUUGAAAUUCCAUUAACAAAACCGUUCAGCAUUCUGUUCCUCAAAGAUUGGAUAUUGACCCCUAAAUUUACUAUCCGUUGUACUGAGAUGUCCGAAGACGUACAAUCUCCUUUAAUUGAUGGUUUAAGUAAAGUCACCGCCAGGACUUGUGCAUCGACAUCUCCUAAUACAAUGUGGAAAUGGACGAAAUAUGGCCAACUGCAGAGUAUAUUUACGCUUGAAUGUCUGACCGCGCCUGAUCCUGCAGUAGACUAGGGACGAGUUGAGCUAGCGGAUUGUGACAAAAAUAAUCGUCGCCAAAUAUGGUCAUGUUCGGAAGAUUUCGUCAGGCUGGCCGGCACAACACUGAACUUGAAUUUUGGUAACGUUCAAGGUGGAGAUUACUUAGUUCUUUAUCAAGGUACUGGUAGCUGGAGUAAGUGGACGCUGUUUGGUAAAGAAAAGAGCAUCUGUCCAAAACGUAAAGGUAUAUAAAGUCAAAACAAGUCAAGGACAAGUAAACAAAGCAAAGUUGUUGGUUUGAUUAAUGACUAAUUUACCUCAUUGCUAAAACACGAGGGACGAUUAGAAGCUACUCAUCCAACGGGACGAUUAGUUACAAGAUUACAAAUUGUUCCUCAUCUUUAUGCGUAACAGCUCUUAUAUUGAUGUUCAAAAAGACAAGAAAAAUCAACCGUAACCUCAUUAACGAACUUCUCGAUAGUCAUUAGCGCCAAAAAGCAAACGCGCCUUUUCAUUUCAUCUUAUUAAAUUGAAUGAAACCGUUUUAGUUUCUCGGUAGCUGUGAUAUAAUAAUUAAGUGAUAGCAUGGCAUUACGGUCAAUUAAUGAUGAAAUGUCCCUCAAGCCUCGAUAGGUUUAGUAAAAGUACUGUAGAUCUCUCCACUUUCGGGUAUAUUUAAUCACAAAUCCACCUGAAUGCCAUGCUAUUACUUAUAAUUAUUAACGACCCACGUUCGACAAUAAAACGAUAAGGAUUACAAAUCACUUUUCUGUGGACUCAUAAGUCUCCUUUAAACUCUUUAGGUAGAUGUUAUUGUAACAACGACACAACCAUCGACUAACCCUUCAACACCCACUGAGUCCUCAACAGCGACGCCUACCUUACCGUGCGUGUUUAAAUAGAGAUUUCUUUUAUUUUAAAUUUAAGUUUUCGAAAAAAAAAUCAAAACGCCACUAAAACGCAGCCAUUAAAACUUUGAGAUGAAACUUUAGCAGGUGAUUAUAUAUGCUACUUUUAAAGAUUAAAGAAAAGAAAAUUUCUAUGAUUAAAAGUCAUGUACUGGGCUGUUCAUCAAUAUUUUUUGAAAGCGAAUUUUUCUGCCAGAACUAUAUGCGAACUUUUUCCAUAAAAAUUCACGCAAUAAUGAGUACUAUCUGUGAUAACUAAGCUAUAACGUAUCGUCGAAGAGCUUUCGUCGAUGGACUGUGAAUUUUGAACGAAAUUUCUAUACAUAUGUUAGAGAUAACCGAAAAUAGGCUUGCGAAACCCAACUACGCCCCAGUUUGUCAAUAGUUUCGCCCAGUCAGGUCUAAGAUAUCUUUAUCAUUUUCGCUUGAAAUCUGCCUUAUCGAGCAAUGUGGCCAUCUACUCAUAUAUCAUUACAGUAGAAUACAUUCAUCAAUUUAUUGUUUGGUUUUGGCAACUGGUUUUUUAAAAAGUUUGUUGCCAUAUAGUUUUCUCUUGAAAUUUCCAUUAACAAAACCGUUCAGCAUUCUGUUCCUCAAAGAUUGGAUAUUCACCCCUAAAUUCACUAUACGUUGUACUGAGAUGUCCCAAGACGUACAAUCUCCUUUAGUAGAAUUUUAUAGCAUGCAGUACAUAGUAUUUUCCUAUUCUUCACUGUGCAAAGGUUUAUCAUUUUCUUUUGUAUUAUUUAGCUACAGAUCUAGAAGACUUUAUGAUAUACAAUUCAGCACACGACAAAUGCAUCAGCAUAGAUGGUUUAAGUAAAGUCACCGCCAGGACUUGUGCAUUGACAUCUCCUAAUAGAAUGUGGAAAUGGACGAAAUAUGGCCAGCUGCAGAGUAUAUUUACGCAUCGAUGUCUGACCGCGCCUGAUCCUGCAGUAGAAUGGGGACGAGUUGAGCUAGUGGAUUGUGACAAAAAUAAUGGUCGCCAAAUAUGGUCAUGUUCGGAAGAUUUCGUCAGGCUGCCCGGCACAACGCUGAACUUGAAUUUUGGUAACGUUCAAGGUGGAGAUUACUUAGUUCUUUAUCAAGGUACUGGUAGCUGGAGUAAGUGGAAGCUGUUUGAUAAAGAAAAGAGCAUCUGUGAAAAACGUAAAGGUAUAUAAAAUUAAAACAAGUCAAGGACGAGUAAACAAUGCAAAGCUCGUUGGUUUGAAUCCUCGCCCGGUCAAGCUUUUCUUUUUAGUUCUUUCGCUGUGGAGCGAGUCAAAAUAGCAUCAUCUAUGACGAAACUUACCCCAUGAUAUAAUCCUGCAAUCUUUUAGAAACUGAGUUUGUACGUGAUAAUUUUCUGAUGUAUUGAUUGUAUAUGGGCAGUUGAUACACCGAGAACAAAGGCAGAUUUCGUGCUCGACAAAUCAGCGCAUUUGUUUACAUUUUCACUCUAAGCUAUCUAAUCAUAAUGCAGGAAAUGCGAAAUGUACACCAACUGGCGAACUAGAAAAUGUUGCUAUCUUCUCGGGCUUUCGUGACAUUCAAUUUUAACUUUAAAUUAAAACCAAAAGAUUAUCAUAUAGCACAUUAAAAUCUAAAACUUUGCCUCCGGCAUUUUUAAAUUUCGUCCUAAGAACGGAAAAUAUCCAUGUUUGAAAUUUUUCCCUAUGUCGCGUAUACAAAUUUGAGUAAUCUAAUUUGACUGCAAUAAAACUAACAAUUGCCACACUUUCUCUGCUUUUAAGUUUUUGCUGGAAAACUCUUUUUCGCUCUUGUUGCAAAUUGUUUUGGUCAAUGUUUUAUUUCAAAACCUAGACAAUAACGCGUUUAUAGCGCCUGGUUUAAAAAAACAUGGUCGCAUGCUCGCGAUCAUACCGGAAAUCAAUACAAAAAUAUUGUCCGACCGAUUUUGCGGAAAAUCAGUCUCUCUAAACGCGUUAUCUUCUCGGUUAUGAAAUAAUACAUUGACCAAAACGAUUUUCAGCAAGAGCGGAAAAGUUUUUUCCAACAAAAGCGGAAAGCAGGAAAAAUGUAGCAAUUUUUAAUUUUAUUGCAGUCAAAUUAGAUUACUCAAAUUUGUAUACGCGACAUAGGGGAGGGUUUCAAAAAUUUCGCGUUUCCUGCAUUAUGACUAGCUGAGAGCGAAUAUGCAAACAAAUGCGCUGUUUGGUCAAGCACGAAAUCUGCCCCUGUUUACCCCGAGUGUCUCUUUAGCUCUGUGGUCAGACGCGCUGCUAGGUAAUGCAGAGAUCCUUGGUUUGUUUCCUUGACGAGAGGAUUCAAUUUCUUUCGACAGACAAAAACUACCCAUAUCAUUCCGUCAGAUACUGUCAAUGAUACCCAGAGUGCACAAGAUAGGCAGUCCGGUUAGGCACAAGAUAGGCACAAUUUUCUGCACAAGAUAGGCAGUCCGGUUAAAAAGGGAUUGUACCCAAUAUCUCUAUUUCUUUAUUUUCACCAGAAGCGAGAUUCUUCUUAUGGUAUACAUUUUCGCUUCUAUGUCAUUAUGGUCAAUAUUUUGGUAUAGAUAAAUUUGAAAAAAAGCAUAGUUUGCUACAUUGGAAAACAAUAGAAAGGCAGUAGGUUUGAGAAAGGCAACUAUACCCCCAAUUUGUCAUUAGUUGCUCCCAGUGAGUUUUAAAACAUCUAAAACGGUUUACUAUCGGUUGUAUUGAGAUGUCGGAAGGCGUACAAUGUCCUUUACUAGAAUUUUAUAGUAGCAUGCAGUAAAUCGUAUUUUCUUCACUGUGCAGUGGUUUCUCAUUUUUCUUUUGUCGUAUUUAGCGGCAAAUCUAGAACGCUUUAUGAUAUACAAUUCAGCACACGACAAAUGCAUCAGCAUUGAUGGUUUAAGUAAAGUCACCGCCAGGACUUGUGCAUUGACAUCUCCUAACAGUAUGUGGAAAUGGACGAAAUAUGGCCAGCUACAGAGCAUAUUUACGCUCGGAUGUCCGACCGCGCCUGAUCCUCAAGUAGACUGGGGACGAGUUGAGCUAGCGGUUUGUGACAAAAGUAAUGGUCGCCAAAUAUGGUCAUGUUCAAAAGAUUUCCUCAGGCUGGCAGGCACAACGCUGAACUUGAAUUUUGGUAACGUUCAAGGUGGAGAUUACUUAGUUCUUUAUCAAGGUACUGGUAGCUGGAGUAAGUGGGAGCUGUUUGGUAAGGAAAAGAGCAUCUGUGAAAAACGCAAAGGUACUUAUAAUCAAGGAGUAGCAAACAAUUCAAAGGUAGUUCAUUUGAUUCCGCAUCCGGUCAGGCUUUUGCGUUUAACUUAUUUGCUGUGGAGCCACUUGGAAUAGCAUCAUUUAACGAACUUACCCCGUGAUAUAAUCCCGCAAUCUUUAAAAGACUGAAUUUGUACGUGAUAUUUUUCUCACGUGUUGAUCGUAUGCAGUUGAUACCCCGAGUAUGUCGUUGGGGCGGCCCUUUAGCUCAGUGGUCAGACGCGCUGCUAGGUAAGGCAGAGGUCCUUGGUUUGUUUCUUUGACGAGAGGAUUCAAAUUUUUUCGACAGUCAAAAACUACCCAUAUCAUUUUGUCAAAUGCCGUCAAUGAUACCAAGGAAGAGUGUAUUUUCUGCAAGCUGCGCAGACCGUUUAGAAAGGGGUUGUAUGCAAAGUCUUAAAAAAUCUCUCAUGACACAACAAGAUAAUUCAGGGACGUGUUGGCUAGGGACGAGUCGGGCCCCUAAGAUUAAAAUAUUGGAAACGAUAAAUAUAGAUUUUGAAAAUCAAGAUUAAGAUAUUAUGGUAUGUCCGGAAAUUUUUCACUCUUCCCUUCCUCCCCCCCCCCCCCUCCCCGCUCUCCAACAAUUUUAUUGAAAUAUUACUUCUUAUUCCAGAUAAUCUUUCAACGUCUCCGCGGACGCAAUUUACAGUGCAAACGACAACAAGAUUGGGUCCAUCUACAAGAAAUCCAACGGAAAUUACAACUCCAAGUAAGUGCACUUAAAAUUAUAUGCAGAACGUCAUGCAAUUGCGAAAUCGUGUGCAAAAAUCUACACGAAAGCUUGUAGAAAUAUGUUUUUUUGUGGAAUACCGCAUAAAUGUUCUGGCGAGAAUUAUGCGUUUUGCCAAAAAUAUCGCCGAAAGGAUAUUUUUAAACAAGGGGUGCAACAGUGUAAGUAUAUUAUUCUACAAUAAGCUACCGUGAUUGGCACCCGAACUAUUUGAAGAAAAGAUGUCACAUGCGGGUGUCAAAAUUGUAUCCAAACCACCUGAAAUAAAAAAAUAUGUAAAAGCAGUUUGCGGUUCAGUGUAGGUGGAAUGCUUCAAACUCUUCAACAAGUUGCUCUGGUUUGUGCUUGAGCUCCUUAAAAUGCUACUGUAUCUCGAACAAACCGAUCCAGUGUAUGUGGUUGUAGUGAUUUACCUGUAGAAAUUAGGAACUGUAUAGAGACUACCGAGUACUUUGUAAAGAGGCCAAUAAUUUCUUAAUCUUGAAAGCAUGGUCAAGACUUGGCUAAACUUUGAAAUUACCGACAUUAUUUGGAUAUAGUUACAUAAUUGUAAAUGUUUUUUUUUGUAAUACAAUAGUAAUAUUGCAGCAGUAUUCGUAUAUAUAGUUUGUAGAAUUUGUAUAUAAUUUAAUUGUAUUUGUAUAUUUUAGUGAGAGAAAAGCCGCUCUGUGGAUGUAUUGCCAAUAAAUCGUUUUUAUUAAUUUAUUAUUAUUAUUACUUAUAGGUAAUAGUAUAGUUUAGUAAAAUUGUGAUAAAUUGCACUAUCCUUAACCAAUUGGAAUCGAGCAAUUUUUCAUGUAUAUUAUUAGUUUCCUGUAAUCCCUCAUUCUUGUACUCAGAGCCCUUCUUACGCGCGGUGCGAGUAGGGGCUCUGGCCAAAUCCAAAACCGGAUACCAUAAAAACAUGGUAAAAGAAUAUAUCCGGUAUUAGAACAAUAACCUUUGUUGUAGCCAAUCAGAUGCCAGUUUGAUAUGGAUUUGGCCAGAGCCCCGUGUCGCGCUCCGUUGACCGCGCGUAAGAAGGGCUCUGGGUACGAGAAUGGUAAUCCCUCUAUUAACGCGUAUUUUCAUUGGUCUUUAGCUCAAUCAGGCAAAGGUUUUCUCAUCUACAGCGCUGCUCACAACAAAUGCAUCUCAAUUAUUGGAAACGAUAUCAUCACUGCGAGAACAUGUGACCAGAUAUCUGCUAAUCAGAUGUGGCGGUGGACAGCAUGUGACCAACUUCAAAAUAGUUUCAGCCAAACAUGUCUCAGCGCACCUGAAACACCAGUGAACUGGGAUCGUCUAAAAUUGUCCACGUGUGAUUGCCAUGACAACCAUCAAGUGUGGGCAUGCACAGAUGACUUCAUAAGGUUGCAUGGUACAAUACUGAACGUGAAUUACGGGAAUCGUCGAGGUGGAGACAGGGUUGUGCUGUUCCAAGGGACUGGGUCCUGGAGUAACUGGAAGGUCUAUGGAGAGGACCUGCGCGUUUGUGAAAAAAGAAAAGGUAUAUAGAAGAUAAGCGGCGGUCAUCUAUUGCGCGCUUGCAUUAUUUUCUGUAGUGAGUUUUGGAUGGAAAGUGGUUAGGGCUUAUGCUUUAACCUCUGCGACGUAGACGAGUGUUUCCGGUUUGGGUCCACGAAAUAACAUAGAUUUUUUUCCUGGUACUCCACUUCUCCUUUAGGUAAUGGUAAAUACUCUCCCUAAGGAACUGUUCAGGCUUCCUGCUGUUGUAGUAUUACAGCAAUAAGGGAUGGCCCUUACUAGACCUCUAACAAGAGGAACUUAGAACUGAUAGCGCUAACCAGUACAUGGCAAGUUUGUGUAGUUCAGGUUUCCCAUUGUAAAUAACACUGGAUUUAAUGGAUGACCAGUACUUUACCCCUGCGAAGAACAAUUCUGAACUGACAGGGCUAUGAAGUAUAAAAAAAUGUUAUUGACAACCCACGUUCAAUAAGAAAUCGAAAACGAUUACAAAUCUCUUUGUUGUGGACUUAUAAGCUUCCUUCAAACUAAUAUUGUAGAUGUUAUUGUAACCACGACACCAAUGCUACCUACGACUCCUCAACCAACGACUAGUCCAUCAACACCAAUUAAAAUCUCAACAGCGACGCCUACCUUACCAGGUGAGUUUAAAUAGAUAUUCUUUUUAAACUUAACUUAAGCUCUCGAAAAGAAAAUAUUCAAAACCGUGAAACGCAGCCAUUAAAACUUUGAGAUGCUAAUUCGGCAGCUGAUUAUAUAUUCUUCUUUUGAAGAUUAAAGAAAAUAAAAGUCCUGUAAUUAAAAGUUAUGUGCGAUUUAUAAACAUUUUUGUUAGUUUUGUACAAAAAAAUUACUAAAACAGAAACAAAUCAUUGUGUUACCUUGACUGUAUUGACGUCACCUGGAUGCGAGCUAGCAUUCAGUCAGCUGCGGCUAAUUAGCAUGCUUCAUGUUGCAAAUUGUUUGGGAAAUAUAAUACUUUGGUUAAAAGGAGUAGUAAUAGUACAGUAUGCAUGAAAUAUUAGGUUGUCAAUAGCGGCGGAAGUUGACGUAUUCAGUGCGUGAGAAUUGCUAUUGAAAUCAGACAUAGGUAUGUUAUCGCAUGCAAUGUGCAUGUAAAACGCUGAAAAAAUUUGCAUGCAUGCAGAAGAUUAUUAUUAUCAUUAGUGACUGUUCUUGCCAUUGAGAAUUGGCUUUACAUCUAGUAUAAUUUACUAUUUAGUCUUAUGUUGACCUAUGUUAUCCUAACAUCAUAUUUUAACGGGAAGGCGCCUCGCAUGGGUUCUUCAGUCCCGUUCGCGCCUUUGCCGAUUGGUAAUUUUCAAAUGUAUUUGUACAUAUUUAUAAAUAUUAACCAAUAAAGUUGUUUAAAAAAAAGGUACAAGACAGUUUGAUGUAUACAUUAAGUCCUGCGCGGGACUUCUAAAACUUGGACCAUUUGCCAUAGUAGCCUUUCACGCAUUAUUUAUCGCACGCAUUUUAUGCAUGAUUGAUUUCUUACAUAUUCUUUAUAAAAGUUUUAACAUUUAUGCAUAAAAGGUUAGUAGGUCAAGAUUGUUCAAGUUUUAUUGGUCGCGCGUUGGACACGGUACUGUGACAGCUCGCAAAACUCAUUCUAAAGUUGCAGCCUAUUCAUUGAAAGUGCGUUUCAAACCAUGAAUUGAAGUUGACAAGCAUUUUGCGGAAUUUACAGUUUAGUGGACAUUUUAGAACUGUGCACUUGUUAUAUACCCUGUAGAACUGUAUACGAGAAAAUAUUUUGGGGGCACUUCCUUUUCGUGUGUUGCGUAUAAUUGCAAAUUGGGUACGUACAAACGUUUAUUAAUUUUUGUAUCUGAUUAUAAUAUAUUUUUAUUUCCCCAGGGUUUCAAAUUUACAGUGCUGAUCACGACAAAUGCAUAUCAGUCAGUAACAUUGACGUCAUAGCGAUGUCAUGUGAUUUUGAUGACGUAAAUCAAUGGUGGACGUGGACGAAUGAAAACCAAUUAAAGAACCAAAACCUGAAUAAGUGUCUGGAUGUGAAUGGUAACAUUAAAGAUUGGGCAAGACUACAUAUAUCUGUUUGCGACCAUCUUUCCCUUGGCCAGCUCUGGUCAUGUCACCAUGAUUUGGUUCACGUCAUUGGCACGGACUUGAAUAUGAACUAUGGUAACAAAGCAGAGCCUCAUAUUGUUUUGUAUAGUGGUACUGGCCAGUGGAGUCGAUGGAAAAUCUUUGGCACUUCCGUUAACGUGUGUGAGGCUAAACCAAUGAUUGGUUUUGACCAUGUUGAAGUAUUUUGA